UCUCUCCCUCUCUGGGGCCCGUUUAUGCUACGUACUACGGAGCAUCUCUUUUCCUCUACCCCAGCAACGAGCAAGAACGGACGGAGUGCACUAGCGCCGCGCCGCGCCGCUCCGGUUGCCGGAGACACGAUUACGCCUACCAGAUCACGCCGGAACACUUCCAUCUCCUUUUGCUUUCGAAAGAGCUAACUCGGUGUAAAGGUUCUUUGUUCAUAAGUCUGCCCUUUGUUCGAUUGGGCAGACUGUAGUCACAAACAAUGGGUGGCACAUUCAAUCCACAGAUUCUGGUGGAAAAGCUGGCCAAGCUCAACAGUUCACAGCAGAGCAUCGAGACUUUAUCACAUUGGUGUAUUUUCCACAUGUACAAGGCAAAACAAGUUGUUGAAACAUGGGAUAGACAAUUUCAUUGCUCACCGCGUGAGCAGCGAUUGGCUUUCUUGUAUCUUGCAAAUGAUAUUCUACAAAAUAGUCGGCGAAAAGGGUUAGAGUUUGUUAGUGAGUUUUGGAAGGUUCUCCCAGGUGCACUUCGUGAUGUAAUUGAAAAUGGAGAUGAAAGUGGCAAGAGUGCUGCACGACGACUGGUCAGCAUUUGGGAGGAAAGAAAGGUGUUUGGCUCUCGAGGGCAAAUUCUUAAGGAGGAGCUUGUGGGAAGGCACCUGGAAAAUAGUAAUACAAACGGGAAGCAUUCAGCUUUCAAACUGAGGCCCUCUGCUGGAAACACAUUGGAUAAAAUAGUUUCGGGUUAUCAAGUUGUUUAUGGUGGUCAACUGGAUGAAGACAAUAUAUUGGGCAGAUGUAGGAAUGCUAUUAGCUGCAUCGAGAAAGUGGACAAGGAAAUUGGGGGUGUUGUUUCGGGGAAACUGAAUGGUUCCAGUGUUGUGGAGGAGCUUCAAGGGCAACAUGCUAUAUUGAGAGAUUGUACUGAACAGCUGAUGGCAGUCGAAUCAUCAAGAGCAAAUCUGGUCUCUCAUCUGAGGGAGGCUCUUCAGGAGCAGGAGUUCAAGUUAGAUCAAAUCCGCGAUCUACUUCAGGCUGCCCAGUCGCAGUCCGAACAGGCCAGUAAUUUGUGCAGACAAUUGCUAGCUGACGAGAGUAUGAAGGAAGCUCAUACCACCAAUGCGCCGCAGGGUUUUACAGCAGGAAACGGGGAACAAUCAGUUCCAGUAAUGUAUACACGGCAACUACCUUUCCCGGAAAAAUCAGGAGAAGACCCCAAAGCUGCAGCAGCAGCUGUGGCGGCAAAGCUUACUGCAUCAACAUCCUCAGCUCAGAUGCUUACUUAUGUCCUCUCUUCACUGGCAUCAGAGGGCGUCAUUGGAAAUAAAAUGAAAGAAUCUUCCAGCGAUUACGCUUCUGAAAAAAGAACUAAGCUUGAGAAUGACCACCACCCCGCUUAUAUUCCAUCUCAUAAUCCACAAGCACCGCCAGUUCAACCUUAUCCGCAUCCAGAAAGUGUCCCAAUCACCACCCAAGAAUCAAAUUCAAAUGAAUUACAACCGCCACCUCCGUCGUCUCCUCCUCCAUUGCCGCCAUUACCGCCGCCCAUGCAGCCAUAUCCAGUGCCUCAGUUCAUGCAGAGUACCUCUGGAUUGAUUAGUGUACCGUAUGGUUAUGGUACAACCCAAAUGCAGCAGACACUGCCCAUUCCGGGUUAUUCCCCAGUGGGCCCUCCAAUGCAUGUCGAUUCUUCUUUUAUAGCUUCGCCACCAAAUCCAUACCAGAGCUUUCAAGGAUCAGACGGCGGUUUCUAUAGCCAGCCAACGUCAUUGCCAAUGGCACCAAUGUCGCGGCAAUAGCAUUACCAGCAUGUUUUGGUAGUUGGAAACGAUGAAGGUGUACGGUGGUAAUUUUAAGGCAUUUCCGGAGGAGUAUAUGGAGCAAACUUUGUUACACCGGGGGUCGGAAACCUUCCUUGGGUUUUUGUCUUUGAUUACCCAUAGAAGUAUAUUUUUUUCGGAUGGCCAUUAGAUGUUUGUAUUCAUAUUUCCAAAUAUGUUUUAUUAAAUUCAUUAGGUCGGAACCUCGUAUUGUUUUAUUUUAGUGGUUGAAUGGAACAUAAAAAGUUUUGGCUA